AUUCGUUCGCUAAAGUCCACUCGUUAACUUUUGCUUUUCUCGUUUCUGCUCGAUGGAAGAAGGAGAAGCUUGGUUCGCGUUAUUUUCCAUAAUAAAAGGUGAAAGCAAAACAAACCCAAUAAAUGCACUGCAAGCGAAACUUUAAUGGGAAACAGUGCUAGUGCGACCAGGAAUGAGCAGGCCAUACCGUCGUCCAAGCAACGGCAGCAGCAGGAGAGUAUUGGUGAACAAGAGUUGGGUGUACGUAUACACGACAAAAAAUUAAACGCGGAAAAGAAAACAGAACCACAACACCAAAACGGUUCCCACAUUAACAAAUUCAGCAUCCAUAGGACACGAAGUAAAAGUUCGACAAACAGCAAGAAACCUGAAGAAUAUGAAACAGGACUACGUAGUGAAGGGCAAUUAGCUGCUAACACAAGCGGAACACAGCGCACACGACAGGCUUCCGCUUGGAGUUUCGGUAGCCUAAGUGGUCGUCUAAAUUGGAGCUUUUCUGGUGGUGCUAAUAGAAGUUCAUUCCACAAUCGCAAUAAGUCAACCAGAAAAAGUUUAACUUCAGCUCAGCAGCGGCGAUCCAAAACUCAAUGGCACACGCCGCUCACCAAUGCCAUAUUCAGUUCACACUUUAAGGAGGCCAGUCGCAACGAACACUUCCACAUUGUACAUCUCGUGGCUAAGGGUGCGUUCGGUGUUGUCUUCAAAGUAAUUAAUAAACACUACGCACAAGAAUUGCAAAACCAGCAGUCACCAGCAGCAGCGGUGCAAAAGCAGGCAGGCGGCAGAUCACCAACGCCCCUACAUCCUGCACCCUUUUAUGCGCUUAAAGUGUUGAAAAAGUCUAGAAUAAUUGAGGAAAAUGGCGUGCAGCAAUUAAAAGACGAAGCGGAUAUCCAGAAGUUGUGUGGCCAUCACCCCUUUAUUGUGCAACAAGUGGAUGCGUGGCAAAAUCGCCGUAAUUUGCAUAUACUUCUAGAAUAUGUGCCGAACGGGGAACUGUUCUGCAAACUGACUAAUUUCUCCUUGGAACUUAUUCGGAUAUAUCUAGCGGAAAUCGCACUGGCUAUUGACUUUCUCCACAAUGCUGGUGUAAUUUAUCGUGACGUUAAGCCGGAAAACAUUCUGCUGACUGCCGAUUUCCACAUAAAACUAACUGAUUUCGGGCUUAGCAAGUGGCUGCGCUUGGGUGCAACUACGCGAACAAUGUGCGGCACUUUCCAAUAUAUGGCUCCGGAAGUGUUGCGUGGUGAGCCCUACGGGCACGCUAUCGACUGGUGGUCACUAGGCAUACUCAUCUGCCAAAUGCUCAUCCGAACGACUCCCGAUAUUCGCACAUUUCUGGACAUUGCUUUGCCUGCAGCAUAUAUUAAAAAAGGAGAUAGUGUUGACCAAGCUACAGCGCCUUCAACAAAACCUUCAAAGGAUGAAGAUAUAUCCAGACAUUGUUUGUUUGAGGAAGAGCAACAUCAGGCUGUUCUAACGCAUAGCUUCUUGCCACUCGAAAUCGAAGAACUACCACAUGAGGCCAAGGAUGUACUCAAACGCUUGCUAGAGGUGGAUCCAAAACAGCGGUUGCGUUCAGUCUUGACACUGCAAAAAAUCGCACUAUACAAAAAUUUUAAAAUUGAUUCGAAAUAUUUGCUCAAUCUCCGUCCAAUGGAUCUGAUAAGCCCUGAAGAUAUUGUUGCCUUUACACAUUCCUCCGAAGACGAAAGUGACUGGGAAGAAAGACAAUUUUACAAAUUUUAAAUCCAAUAAUUAAGUAAUAUCAGUCAAGUUUAUACUUCUAUUUAAUACAAAAGGAUUCAUGUAUGAAUUCCUGCAGA